AUGGUCAUGUGUUCUGAAUCAAGAGAGCACACAAAUGCACCAAUGAGAGCACCACCAGGAAACUCCAUCCUGGAUGUCAUGGCUGCUAAAGCCACAUGGUCAUUUGAGAGAAGAGACCUCACCAAAAUACCAUCUCAAAUGAAACAUGCCAUAGACACCAUGGUGUUCAUGUUUCACAGAUUUGCUAAGGAUAAAGGUUACUUAAAGAAGGAGGACCUGAGAGUACUCACAGAAAAGGAAUUUCAUGAAUUUUUGAAAAACCAAAAAGACCCUCUGGCCAUGGAUAAAAUAAUGAAGGACCUGGACCAGUGUCAGGACAGCAGAGUGGGUUCCCAGAGUUUCUCUUCUCUGAUCGCAGAGCUCACCAUCACUCGCUAUGACUAUUUUGCAGUACACAUGGAGCAGGAGAGAAAGCAGUAG